ACCAGUGAUCCAAGCAGCAACAAGCCAGUCUCCCCAAGAUGAAAUUCCUGAUCGUUGCCGUCGCCUUCCUGGCCUGCGCCUAUGCCGAUGUCUCUGAGCUUUCAGCCGGCGGCUACGACUAUCCCCAGCCCGCUCCACCGGCGCCCGUGAAGAGCUACAUUCCCCCUCCGCCACCACCACCCCCACCGGCACCCAAGAACACCUACAUCCCUCCCCCGGCCGCCCCCGCCAAGGCCUACAUCCCACCCCCACCACCACCACCACCACCGGCGCCCAAGAACACCUACAUCCCCCCUGUUCCCGUGGCCGCUCCCGUGGAGACCUACAUUCCCCCCGCCGCCCCAGCCCCCGCCUACAUCCCCCCCGCACCUCCGGCACCCGCCUACAUCCCCCCCGCCCCCGUCCAGGCCGAGGAGCCCAUCAUCGAGGAGAUCGAGCAGCCCGCCCAGGACGGAUACCGCUACAAGACCGUCCGUCGUCGCGUCUUCCGGCACCGCAACUGAGUCUCUGGAACCCAAUUGUUGAAUAAUUUUAUAGGACCUGGCAGUGGUCACCCAGCCGGGCAAUCUGUUAAUGUUUUUAAAGUAAA